ACAAAGAUUUUUUUUUCGCUCGACAAGGAUUUUGGUUUUCCGUAAUUAAACUGAAUAAACAAGAAAUUCUGCAAUAUAAAUUUCCAAAAUAAGAAGAAAUCAUUUAUAAAAAUUCAAGUUGUGUGGUGGUGAAGUUUAAACUUCAAGAAAGUGUAUUGAGCUUGUGAAAAUUGAAUUUUUCAUUGAGUCGCCAUAUUUCUUUGAAAAAGUGCAUGAGAAAUUUAUCUACACGAUAAAUGAUGAAACAAAAAAGUUUGUUAGCAUUUGCACUGUUAGUCAUUGCGUGUCAAUGCUUUGCAGACAAGAAGCUUUCAAUUGAACAUGAUGAUUACGGCUUCCCUGAAUAUCGAGAUCGUGUUCUCGAAAAAUCAUAUCAUGGGUUGAUUAAGGAAAAUGAGACAUUCGUUGAAAUAACGCCAGUGAUAAAAGUCGACGGUGACAGAGUUUGCAAUCUCAAAAUUAUAAAAUCUCACAAAGACAUUCCAUUUAAAAUCAAACUUUACAACAGUGUUGGAGUUUUGGAAGCUAAAAGGACUUUAAAUUGUGAAAAAAGAAAAAACUACAAGUUCGAAAUUUAUGCUGUUUUAUGCAAUGGAAAUAAAUCCGAAAGUGCUGCUGUUCACAUUUCGGUGGUUGACAUAAAUGAAUAUUCUCCAGUAUUCUUGCAACCAUCCUAUGUGACUGAAGUUGAUGAAGGCAGAUUAUAUCAGGAAAUUAUUCGUGUUGAAGCAACUGAUAAAGAUUGCACGCCACUCUUUGGUGAUGUUUGCCGUUAUGAAAUUUUAACCGCUGAUCAACCUUUCAUAAUAGACAAUGAAGGCUCCAUCAAAAACGUAAUGCCAUUGUCGCAUAAAGCCAGCCACAACCACAUUCUAUCGGUCAUUGCUUACGAUUGUGCAAUGAAACAGUCGGCUCCUGUUAUGGUGACCAUUCGUGUGAGAAAAAUCUGUGAAGCAAAAAUUAUGGGCAUUCAAGAGCGUUUAGAUUACUCAGCAAAUACCCUCGAGAAAGUUUUCCUUUUCCCGAAAUUCAAUCUCGAGCUCUGCGACAUCAAGUGUAAGGGCGAGGAAAUGUUGAUAUCAACAAAAGUCACAUUAAAGACAAAACAUAUUUCAUUUGGCUGCGAUCGCGAUGGAAGUAAAUGUGAAGCGAAAAAUUCAAUGAUUGAACUUUUGAAUAAAAAUGCUGAAUGGACGAAAGAUAACAGUUUCGAUGAAGGUGACGAAAAUAUUUUUCACUUUGAUGGAUCAAAUGGAAUGGUCAUACCCGACACUGUCAUUAACUUGGAUAAACUGGCAACACGUCGUUUCACAAUACAAACAAUGUUCCGUCAUCAUAGCAUCUUUAAUAAUGAUAAAAUAACAAAGGAACAUGUUUUAUGUUCAGCUGAUAGUAGCAAAAUGAAUCGACAUCACUUUGCUUUAUUCGUACGACAUUGUCGUUUGAUUCUUCUUCUACGUCAGAAUAAUAAUGAUGGAAAUUUGAACAUUUUCUUGCCAGCUGAAUGGCGUUGGAAGAUUCCAGAAGUUUGCGACAAUGAAUGGCAUCAAUAUUUGAUUACUGUUGACUUACCAAAAGUUGAGCUUUUUAUUGAUGGUGUGAGGUUUGUGGCGAGUCAAGACAAUCGUCACAGUAAUCCGGAAAUAAUCGAUGAUUGGCCUCUUCAUGCUGCGUCAGGAAUCAACACGACAUUAACUGUUGGUGCUUGCUAUCAAAGCUCCGAGAAUCGACUUAAACAUGGCUUCCGUGGCGACAUUUCCAGCAUUAAACUGAAUGUUAAUGAAGUUUUACGAGAGAAUGAAAUCAAAUGUGGAAUCGAUUGUGCUGAACGUUUGCUUCAACCAGAUGAAAAACUUAUGGAAACUGAUCAGCAAGUUCAAAUUAACUCACAAAUGAACGAGAUUACAAUCGAAGGAACGUCGAAGGAGAAUAUCGAGAAACUUGUCCAACAGAUUCAAUAUAUAAACGAGAAGAUUAAUCCAACGAUUGGAAGACGUAAUCUAGCAAUUGAAACCACUAGCAUAACGAUUGCAGUUUAUUCUGGAAACGACAUCAACGAAGACUUACAAAAGCUCGAUUCAUGUAAUAUUAACGUUUUUCCAAGUCUCAAUGCUGACCACGAAGAAAUCACUUUAAGUCACAUCGACAAGUCUCAAGUUUCACCUGAUGUUGAUAUAAAAACUGUCAUCACCAAAAAUGGCGUUGAAAUGAUAGGAUCGGACACGAUUCAUAAUUAUCUUCACAUUCUUCAUAAUCUUGUCUAUAAAAAUUCUUUCGGACUUUAUUAUCUCAAUCGAAUCUUUAAGAUUUCAUGUUCACAAUUGGGAAAUCAAAUAAAAUCUGGAGAAUUGACGAUAACAUUGACAGUGUUACAUCCAAAAUCAUCGACAUUAGCCGAUACACAAACGACAUCAACAGAGAAGACUUCGGCAGCGAUUCUUCAUCAAUCAAAUGACAAUGUCAAUUUAUUCAAUCAUGUUUUGUUGAAUCCACAAGAAGUGAAUGAGCCACAUGUGAAAACAUCGCAUAAUUAUAAGCUUAAAGAAAGCAACUCGACAAUGUUAAUAGUCGUAAUUUGUGCUUCUUUCAUUAUUUUAAUUUGUGGUGUGGGUGUUGCGAGAUUGAAGAGUCAAACACAAACUUUAAGUGGAAAAAAUAAGCAGCAGCCAUCUAAGAGUUUAACUGAUCAACAUCAACAACUUGAUUGGGAUGACUCAGACUUAACCAUAAGCUUAACAAUUAAUCCAUUUCAAAAUGAAAAUGCGACCGAUGACAGUUCCGAUUCAGAAAACUCGGAAUCGGAUGAAGAAGAAGGUAAGACAACCAACAUGUAUUAAGUAAAUCGGAGUGAUGACUCGACUUUGAUGAAAACUUCAAUAAAAGAGAAAAAGAAAUAAAAGUCGUCGAGAUAAGAAGACAAAAUCAAGGUAAAUAUCGAUUCGAGUCAUACCAGCAGAAUUUUUUUUUCCGAGCCAAAAAAAGAAAAGUCAUAAAAGAACCAGCAACAAAAAUGAACAUCAAGAUAGUCACCGGGUUUAAGUUGAGUCAGCUUUUCAAAACUUUCACAAAUAUUUUAACACAAAAGACGUUUUAUAUUUAAAUUUAAUUUUUAAUUUUUAAUUUUCUCCUUGAAGGAAUUUUUAUAACAAUUAAAUAAUUAAAAAGGUUCGAAAUUUGAUGUUAUGACAACAAAUUUAACUUUUUUUUAUCAUUUAUCUGACUAAAAUAAAUAUCUGAAGAAAAAAAAGAAGAUUUUUGAUCUUUAUGUGGACUUAACGUCAAUCAUUAGUUGGAAAAAAUGCAAGAAAAAAAUAAAAAAAAUAUCUUAAGUCACCUUUAAAAUCUUAUCAAAAGAAAAAUUACUCAAAAGCUGUAAGAAAAAAAAAUAAAAAUUUCUUUUGGGCAUGUUGAAAUAAACUCGAAAAUUUUUUUUUAUAAAAAAUACUCAGUGUGAUGACUACAAAAGAUGUUAAACAUAAAUAUGUAUAAUGGCAGUUCAACAAUUUGUUUGAAGAAGUUAGUUAUGGAAUGAUAGAAAUUGCCCAAUCAAAUAUGUAUGUAAAGAAAGAAAAUUCAAUUGAACAACUGCAUAAAUAUUUAGAAGAACUCGUAGCAUUUAUUUUUCAUUUUUUUAAUAAAUUUAAACAAGUUUUGAAAUGAUAAAAUGUUAAAGAAAUAAUUCCGGGACAAUUUCCGUGUCUACGUAGUUUAACAAAGUUUUUUUUUUGUUUCUUUAUGCAUUAUUAAGACGAUAACUGCUUUUGAAAUCCUUGAAUGAAAAUGUUCAAACUUAUGACCUGAAUUAUACAACAUCUUAUUUUACUUUAGACAAUGUUUUUUCUUCCAUUUAAUCGAGAAUAUAUUUUACUUAUGUAAUCAUUAAAAAUUUAUCAGAAGAACAGUCGAACCAAAAAUUUUCUUUUUGGAUCUCUCAGCAUAUCUUUGAAGCAUCUAGAAGUAGGAAAGAACCUUCUUUGCUUAUCAUUUUUGUUGUAAAUUUUCACCAUUCCGUCCAAUUUAAAAAUAUAUACGAAGAUAAAAAUCAUUAAGAUAACUAACAUCAAUGAAAUGAUUUUUCAGUUGAAACUUUUUACUAUGAAACUUCUCAUUUAUCCCAAUGCUUGAGCACAGGUUCGACUGUUAAUUAAUUUCAUCGCAUGCAAAUAUUUGGAAAUUGAAGAAGAAAUUUAAAAUAGUGAAACGUUGAUCGUUUAAGGAAUUAAAUUGAAAACACGCAGCAAAGUAAGGAAUUCGAAUGGAACUUUCAAUAAAUAAAAUUAAGUUAAUUUAAUUCACACAGUUACAGUCUUCUUGAUAACAAUAACAAAAGAACUUUUUUUCUAAGAAAUAUUAAUUUGCUUUUAAUUACCUUCAUGAAAUUUUAUAUUAUGCUUAAAAAGAAAAGUUUCCUUUAUUUCAAAAUUGUGAAAAGAAAAUUUAAUGAAAAACAUAAAAGAAGAAGAAAGCAUUGAAGUUAUAGCAACACUGAGUUGAGAGAAUGAAAAUUAUUACAAGUUAAGAUUAAUGUUGACUGUUUUAAGACUGUAAAUACUUAAAAUAUUUUACUACUUAUACUUAUCCUACGAUGUUAUGCACUAAUUAAUUUCUAAAAACCUUUUUUUUUUGUAUCAUUGUUUGAAUGAUGAGUGUCAUUAGAAUAAUACAACAAAAAGAAAAAUCUAAUCAAUCGAAGAAAGAAGAAAAGAGAAAACACAACAUAUAUCAACAUAGAUGAGCAUAAAAGUAAUGUACUUAGUAGAUAUUUAUGUAUUGUCAAUGUUUUCACGAGCUGGAAAUAUUCCUUACGUAAAUAUUAAGCCAUAAAUUGAAAUUUUUGUGUAAACCUUCAAAAAUUUUCGCCAUUUGUAAGGAACUUUGCAUUAGAAGAACAACACCACAAAUGUACAUGUUCUUGUUCCUGGUAAUAAUUCUUUGGUUUCCUUUAUUAUUCAUUUAUCUCUAGAAAUUAUUUCACCAAUUUAUAUCUAACACAUUCAAGAUGGCUUUAAGUCGAAAGACGUUUUUCUCAAAUUAUCACAGAUUUAUAAUUAUUGAAUGUUAGGCGUCGAGUCACCCAAUUGCAGCUUCUUUUUUUCUACCCUAGAAAGUCUUAAACAUUUCAAUGAACAACACAAACACCCACACAAUAUUUUUCACAACAGAAAUUCGAUGAUCUCCUUAGCAUUUUCAAGUAGAUCACAUUUUCGGGUGUUUUGAGAACAAACGAAACGCCUGCUUAUUGCCGACAUAUCAAAAUGAAUGAAUAUUAGGUCUUGCCUCUCCUUUACCACCUUAAGCUUAAAAACUUUUUCAAAAAAACAACAAAUUAUAAGAACAAGAAAGAACUUGUAUCACUAUCUUAAUGCCGUCACAAGAACAAUCUUUAUAAUCUCUAUCAACAAACACACAACAUAAACACUCACUGACACAAACACUUAACAAUCAAAUUGAAUAACUUGUAACUUCCCUCAAGAAAUGAAGAAUAAAACAGAAACUGGGAAGUAAACUCACUUAAAACUAUAAAUUACCUUAUAAAUGAAAAAUCAAUAAAAAAAUAAUGUAAAAAACAUAAA